GGGCGACCCGCGGAACUACACGAUGUUUCAGUGUCUGGAAUGCGACCGCGAAAAGGGGUACCAGCCGCAGCUGCAGCUGAACAAUGAUGUGUUCGAUUCGGAGAUCACGCUGCAGGCUAACGCGGGGGUGAGUAUUGGCUGCGGGCAAUACGUGGAACCGGUCUGGACCAAGGAACUGAGCAUGGACUACUGUCUGGACAAGCGGUAUGGGGGUGUCAGGAUCGAAAUCGUCAAAGUUGAAAUAAUCUGUAAUGCAAAAAAGCGAUACCAGCUGGGGCCCAUUUUGCAAGUGGCGCAUGACAAAUUUUGGCAGCAUGGAAAUCCAAUUUGUCAUGCUAUUUGGGCAGAGAAGGCUGCUUUUGUCAUGCUAUUUUAGCAGCUCUAUCUCACACCCCGAAUAGGAUUAUAAUCGGCCUCAGUUGCCUGCUCUGCAAGACAGGCACUUUGCGUCUAGCAUUUUAUGCAUCACAAACUAUUUAAACUUUAACUUUGACGAUUUCAAUUCCAUAAGCGGCUGACGUUUUGGAAGGACUGGGUUGCGGACGAGAAGGACCAUACAGCGGUAAUGUACAACAAAUUUGAUGGCCCUAGCACAGCAGCACAAGGAGCAGCAGGGUCUGACUCAUCUUCUUCUUCUUCAUCUACCCCAACUAGUAUAACUAUCAAAGUAAAGGACAUCCCUUUUGGCCCCAACGCGUGGGACCCCGCUCCGGUGAGUCAAGGAAAAACUGCUCCGACCGACGAAAGCACGGGUGGAAGCGGACCAUCUACUUCAGGCAUAGCCGUAGCUGCCCCUGGUGCGCACGGCCACCACGACGACCACGUAACACAUUCCCCUGCGUCCGCCGACCCAAAAGGCCACGGUGGGAAAGAAGCCGUCGGGACGAGUUUUUGGGAUAGCAUUGGGUUUGACAAGCUCUCCGGGCUCCCGGUCGAUUUGUUCGACUUUUUACCACAGUACUUCGACCCACUGGCAAUAUGCAAGAAUGCAAAACCCUCGUACUAGUAUGAAUUGCAUGAGCAUGACAAAUUUUUCCUAGAAGAGAAGUGAAAUUUAUCAUGCAGAUUCAGGUAAGAAAGCAGAUCUGUAAUGCUAGACUCGCAUUUAUACGUAUACGAUACUUUUGCAAUGUAUAGGCAAACCCGAGCUGCAAGAAAAACCGCCGCUGCGAACGGUUGGUGAAGCGACUAAAGAAAUUGGGGAUACCCCAACCGGACCACUGCUGCCCCGCGAAAGACUGGGUUUAUCCCACGAAACAAAGAGGAGGCAGUCGCAGUGACUUUGGAGCAGAUCAACAUGUUGACAUCAGCGACAGCAGCAGUGCACCAUCAUCAUCUACCUCACGGGAACUUCCAUCUUCAAAUUCCUGGAUGCAGAAGAAGCUCGCAGACGUUUCUAUCAAACCGUAUCUGCCGUUUCUCGAAACCUACACUGUCUCCCACUACCUGGGCGACGGGGAGGAUACUGACGAGUACGCCGGCAGCUGGCGGCAGCAGAAGGAGGCUUCGAAGCUCCCCUCGAACGAAAUGUGCAACGAGCCGCACCCCCUUGUCGAUUGGAACUUCCAGCAUUCCGGGGACGACGUAGACGCGAGCACCACGAACACAAGAAUACAAAUCAACCAGUGGAGCAAGAGCGGGAGCGGGGAUGAUAACAGUAUCAUUCCCAUGUUGCCGAAAGAAGUCUACGACCCGGCGGAAGAAGAGAGGCAACGAAGUGAAAGCGAAAAUGCCAAGGAAGCAAAGAGAACCGAACAAGUUCUCGACCUCUCGCGGCUCUCUAUGCGACAACGAGCAGGGCUGUCGGAGUCCUCUAUCAUGAAUACGCGCUACACGAUAUCACAGGAAAAAGUGUUAACGUUGACGGAAUUUGUAAUGCAGCAAUGCAUCACAAACGUGCCUAAAUUUGUCACUGUCAUGCAUAGCAUGCAUAUUGAGCUACAUUUGUGAUGCAUGACUGCAAUCUGUGAAAACCGUUAACCUUAACACAUUUUCUUGUGAUACACGAUGGACCGGAAAAUCAUGGAAAAGUAUUAUCAGGCAAUUGCGGCGGGAGGCUACACCUCCCCGGCGGUGCGGAAAUUUCUCAGCGAAAACUAUAACCACGGAGUCCCCGACCCGGUAGUCAACAAUAUGCGGAGGGCAAAAUUCCCCGCGGCCGACGACUUCGACAACGAGUACCGCCUCUACUUUGCGGGAAACUACACACCGAAACUGGGUUUGCUGGUCGAGAAGCAGAUGGUCCGCGGGGACAGUAACUUCAUGUACCUUACCAGCCCGGACGAUGAGUCCUUGCCCUAUAUCCGGUCCAUGGAGCUGGUCGAGGGUCAGCUGUACGGCCAAGACACGACGGUGCUCCGAAUGAAGAGCUUUGAGCACAUGUACCAUGCGUGCUGCUACCGCCAGAGCAACUUCAUGGACCGGUUUGUGGAACCCCUCGCGGUGUCGCUCUUCCAGUACAGCAGCUUACUGCGGACCCCGAUUUUUUCCGUUCUGAUCCUGCUAGUCAACUUCGGCUACUUGUGCUUGCUCGUGAAGCGAAGUAGGAAGUACAACAAAGCGCAAGAAGCUACUAGUAAAAGUACCCUCGCGGGGGCUUCCGCUUCAACUAACGCAGCAGCAGCUGGAGUGGAAGAUUCUGGUGACACCACAACAUUCUCAGGAGCUACAACAACAUCAACAUCUUCGUCCGCAAAUAACAAGACUGCAUCAAACUAUUACCCAGACUACUACGCCCAGGCGUUGUCCCUUCUCUUCGCGGGCUACCUGAUCUCGCGGCAGUCUAUCCAGGAAAAAACACCCAUCCCCAUCAAUUUUUUGCUUGACAAAUGCUGCUUUUGAUGCGUGUUCUGCAUAGCAAAUUGGAUCAUGGGCAUGGGUGCUUUUUUGUGGAUACAGUCCAAGCGGCAAAUGUCCGACCAUCAUACGGUGGUUUCUUCGGUGCCGCAGCCCCGCUACGGCAUUUCAUGUGGCAAUGCUGCGACAUUUCUAAACUUUCCCGAAAUUUGUAAUGCGGAUUCACCUUGA